CCGAGCGCAGAGAUACAGCUGCGUCUACACAUGCAGUUACAACAAAACUCAAUGAAUGACAGACAAGUAUAGCACUGCACCUGCCUGCAGCUUUUCUGCACGGCACAACCCUUGGAUGAUUUCUUUCACAGAAACAUCUGACAGAUGAUUCGCUCUUUUUAUUUGAAAUAUCUUACAGCUUAGUAAGAUUUCCACCAUGGUGCUCGGAAAAGUGAAAAACUUCUUUGUGAGCUACGAAUGUCUCAAUGACAGUAAUGUCCCUGUCUUCGCCAGUGGGGACUCUGUCUCGGGUCGGGUGAUCGUUGAAGUUACCGGAGAAAUCCGCGUUAAAUCUUUGAACAUUCACGCCAAGGGACUGGCGAAAGUUCGCUGGACUGAAUCACGUAAUGCUGGAUCCAACACUGCCUACACACAGAAUUUCACUGAAGAAGUGGAGUAUUUAAACCACAGAGACGUCCUUAUUGGACAUGAUAGAGAUUAUGACAGCUGUGAUGAAGGCUUUACCGUUCUUCACUCAGGGCGACAUGAGUUUCCCUUCAGCCUCGAGCUGCCCCAGACGCCUUUGGCAACAUCCUUUGAAGGCAAACACGGCAGUGUAAGGUACUGGGUGAAGGCGGAGCUUCAUAGGCCAUGGCUCCUGCCCAUGAAAACCAAGAAGGAGUUUACCAUCUUUGAGCACAUUGACAUCAACACUCCGUUGUUACUGUCUCCUCAGGCUGGCACAAAGGACAAAACCCUUUGCUGCUGGAUCUGUACCUCAGGGCCUGUAUCACUAAGUGCCAAAAUCGAGAGGAAGGGCUAUACUCCAGGAGAGUCCAUCCAGAUCUUUGCAGAGAUUGAAAACUGCUCUUCCCGUGUGGUUGUGCCAAAGGCAGCCAUCUACCAAACCCAGACCUUCUUUGCCAAGGGGAAGGUCAAGGAGAUCAAACAACUCAUAGCUAACCUCCGUGGAGAUCCUCUACCCCCUGGCAAUAGUGAGACUUGGGAUGGCAAGAUGCUGAAAAUCCCACCCAUUUCGCCUUCCAUUCUGGACUGCAGCAUCAUCCAUGUGGAAUAUUCACUCAUGGUGUAUGUGGACAUCCCUCGAGCUGUCAACUUAACCCUGAACCUGCCCCUGGUGAUCGGCACCAUUCCCCUCCACUCCUUCGGCAGUCGCACCUCUUCUGUCAGCAGUCAGUGCAGCAUGGCUAUGAGCUGGUUGGGAUUGCCUGAGAGACCUGAAGCUCCACCAAGCUACUCUGAAAUAGUGACCAAUGAGGAGCAACAGAACAACUUGGAGCUCCCGACUGUGAGAGAUGAGAUUGAAGGACCACUUUAUGCUUACAUCCAUGAGUUUCGCUUCCAGCCUCCACCUCUGUAUUCUGAGGUUGAUCCCCAUCCUGAGCAGGUGUGCGGCUCCAUGGACAGGAGACCAGAUACCUGUCCAUCCCGCUGAAGGAGUGACCACACCUGACCAGUGCUGUCAGGGAUCUCUUAUCUCUACAACCUCAACCGGGGUUUGUUCUUCCCUCAUGAGAAGGCAUGUGUAGCCAUCUUGGUGCGCAGGUGGAUAUCCUCCAGGAAACACUCCCAAUCCGAAUCGAGUCCAGCUCAGUGGCCCCUAAAAUCCGUGGAAGAUCUUGAGUGAUUCUCUUCCCCCUCCAUCCUUGGUGAAAAGAGUACAUACAAGAUUUGUUCGGAGAAAACUGUGCCCUUGACACCAAGAUGGAUUAAACGCAACACCACUAAGUGUGAGAAUAGUGUCCAAACAUCCACAGCCUUGUUUUGGAUGUGAUUCUUCACUCAUUUGAA